GCAGUGCAGGCUGGGAGCUGUAGUUCUCCCGUCCGCAUGCGCAGGGGAGCCGCCAUGCCGGAGGGGAAGGCUGCGUUCCAGGAGGUGCUGCCCAAGCAAGGGCAGCUGUCGGUGGAGGACACGGCCUCCCUGGUGCUGUGCAAGCCCAAGGUGCUGCCGCUCAAGUCGGUGUCGCUGGAGAAGCUGGAGGCGCUGCAGCGGGCGGCGCUGGCGGCGGCGGCGCCACGGCCCCCCGAGGAGGGAGCGCAGCCCCCCGAGGAGACACCGCAGCCCCAGCCUCAGGCGUAGCCCGGGCCGCGUGUCCGCACCCGCCCCUCCGAGCUCACAGUUUUUCACUGUCACUGACAUGGAUUGGAUCAUUGUGACAACUCAGUCUUCCAUCUCGGUACUGCACUGAUCUCUGCUCAGCAGAACAGAAGAGAAGGCAGGCCUUCAUCCUCUGGAGAGCACACAGGCCUGCAACAGACUCGCUGGAGGCUUAUUUUCCUCAACUAUUUAUCCCAUAACAGGAUAACCAUAACCCCUUAAUAAACUUUUUACUAGUCCAG